GCGGAAGUGGUACUGCCCUGAACGAGACGCUGAGCGAGACGGAGGACGGAGGCUGAAUCGUCCAGAGAGCGAGCGAGAAAGAAAAAAAAGCAGCACUAAACGUCGUCAAUAUUUCUAGAAAAUGGAUAAGAACGACCUGGUACAGAAGGCCAAGCUUGCCGAGCAGGCUGAGCGCUAUGAUGACAUGGCCGCAGCCAUGAAGUCGGUGACAGAGCAAGGUGCAGAGCUGUCAAAUGAGGAGCGCAACCUUCUCUCUGUUGCCUACAAGAAUGUGGUAGGAGCACGCCGCUCAUCCUGGCGCGUCAUCUCCAGCAUCGAGCAGAAGACUGAGGGUAAUGACAAAAAACAGCAGAUGGCUCGUGAAUACCGGGAGAAGAUUGAAUCUGAGCUGCAGGAAAUCUGCCAUGAUGUGCUUGGGCUACUGGACAAGUAUCUCAUUACCAAUGCAUCUGCUGCUGAAAGCAAGGUGUUCUACCUGAAAAUGAAAGGCGACUAUUAUAGAUACCUGUCUGAGGUUGCAUCUGGGGAUGCUAAGAAGGAUACAGUGGACAACUCCCAGCAGGCGUACCAACAAGCUUUUGACAUUAGCAAGGGGGAGAUGCAGCCAACACACCCCAUCAGGCUUGGCCUGGCCCUCAACUUCUCAGUCUUCUUCUAUGAAAUCCUCAACAACCCGGACAAGGCCUGCAGCCUGGCUAAGACGGCAUUUGAUGAAGCCAUCGCUGAACUUGACACUUUGAACGAGGAUUCUUACAAAGACAGCACCCUGAUCAUGCAACUACUAAGGGACAACCUGACUCUGUGGACAUCAGAAAACCAGGGAGAUGAGGGAGAGACUGGAGAAGGGGAAAACUAAUGGAAUUGCACUGUUAAUCCACCUACACUCUUAUCUUAAACACAGACAGCUUAUAUACAUCCCCCUCCACUCCAUCAGCCCCUCCCUCUUCUGUAUGACAAGCAGCCUGAAUUGCUCCCGACCAACUAGUUUACCCCUCUCAGUUCACUGUGAGGUGACGGUAAUUUUCAGUUGUUAGCAAAUUCAGUCACUUUGUGGAAACAUGUUGUAUUGAUUAGUGAGUCCAUGUUGCUGUUGUUUUUUUUGUUGGCUUUGUGUGUAUGUCUGCUCGUUUGUACGGUGACGAGUGAGCACGUGCGAAUGGAUGUGAAAGAUAUAAUGUGUGUGUGCGUGUAUGUGUGGUCUCGGGGGGGAGGGGGGUGUUGUGAAUUCUAAUCGUCCUUCCAAAUUCCUUUGUCCCAGCUAGUUUGUUGUGCAUUUUUCACCCCCCCCUUUUUUUUUGGUUACUUUUCUUAUUUGUGAUUCCUCAUGAUAUUUACAGGUUUUAUUGUAUGGUAAUUAAACUGGCAGUUGAUUUCCACCAAACACUGUGAUGGUAGGUGUUCCAUUCGCUUCACAAACCCCCCAAAAGCAGUUUUGUGUUUUGACUUUUCCAGAAAACACGUUCAAUCCUAUAUUCAACUAACUGCAAUUCUGCUGUGGGCUCAUACAGAAAGGAGGCAGGCUGUAUUGUGACACUGACAUCUUGGUGUAAUGCUCCUUGAUCAUGUUCACAAAUUCACAGUUUUAAAAGUUUUAAGGGACCCCUUAAAUUGUCAUGUUAGAUUUGUUCAGACAUAAGACAUUCCACAUUAUUAGGCUUACGAAAAGGCAGUGCUCCUUUUUUUGGUUUUUUUUUUUUCUUUCUUGGAACUAAGUAUGGUUUGUCUUUAUAGUUUUACUCACUGUUCAGGUGCUGCUUGAUCUCAGUACAAUGAAAAUUGUAUGUGCGUAACUGUGGUUCCAUGUUUUUUGCAAGAUUGACUAUCAUCUGUAUGUAAAACCUAAAAGUAACCUUUUAUUGAUGUUAAUUGAAAAUGUCUUACCACACUGUAUCAACCCUGCUUGCAAAAUAUCCCUCUUAAAAGCGGUUGUUUUCUCCCCCUAAAAAAAAGAAAAAAAAAAGGAAAAAAAAAAUUGUGCCUGGCUUUCUCUUGCAGCCUCUAUUUUUCAUUUUUAGGUGGCCGCAUUUGCUUGUCUCAAAAAAUAGAAUGAGUUAGACCAGAUAAACUUUUAAAAUUGGUUUAACCUGACUUCAGUUUUUGACUUAAAGGUGCGUCACUCUGCUGCUCUUAAAGAUGGCCGACGUGAAUGAUCGCCUCAGAAAUCAGGUGUUGUUUUUUUUGAAGUUGCAAUUGGAAGAAGACCCCUUUUUUUUCUUCUUUUUUUAGUUUUGAAAGAAGCUCAGUGUCACAAUACCAUGUUUAUCACCACUACAUUCCACAUAUUGUAGUUGAAGACACCAUUCCACAUUAUAGCUGACAGUCUGUUUACUCUGACAAUGCUCCGAUGAAUUGAAAUAAUAUUCUGUUGAAAAAAAUAAUAAAAAAUGUCAGUUUAUUA